AUGGCCGCUGCAUCAGCCUAUGCUAUUUUCAGGCCUUCCUCCGUCAAGCCUACAGUCACCUCUACCGCUGCCGCCACUUCACUGGCUCAAAAACUGCUUUCGUUCAAGCAAACAAACCCCCUUUUCUCUCAAACCCUUAAACUUUCCAACUCCUCCGCCGCUAUUGCCGGAAGUUCAACCGCCAGAAGAUCAUUCUCAUGCAAGAGCCAAACCGACCCAUCAGCAGCUAAGGUUCAAGAACUGCACGUGUAUGAGAUCAACGAGAGAGAUCGCGGCAGCCCUGCUUAUCUUCGAUUGAGUCAAAAAACUGUCAAUACCCUUGGCGAUCUUGUGCCUUUCAGCAAUAAGGUAUACACCGGAGACCUGCAGAAACGCGCCGGAAUAACUGCCGGAAUAUGCGUUCUGAUCAAGAACGAGCCGGAGAAGAAGGGUGACCGGUACGAGGCGAUCUACAGUUUCUACUUCGGCGAUUAUGGUCAUAUAGCGGUGCAGGGACCCUAUUUGACCUACGAGGACACCUAUCUGGCUGUGACUGGUGGAUCGGGAAUAUUCGAAGGGGUGUAUGGACAAGUAAAGCUGCAGCAGAUUAUUUUUCCUUUCAAAUUGUUCUACACCUUUUAUUUGAAGGGCAUACCGGAUCUGCCGGCGGAGUUACUGGGUAAGCCGGUUGUUCCGUCGCUCACGGUGGAGCCGACGGCGGCUGCCAAGGCCUGCGAGCCAGGCGCCACCCUCCCAAAUUUCACUGAUUAG